AAGCUUUGCACAGAGAUGGAUUCCAGAGUCCCGAGAUUAGCUUCAGCCUUGAAGAAAAGGAAGGCCAGUCCUCUUCCUCAUGGAGGGAGGGAGAACCUGAAAGCGGACCCAGAGGAGCUUUUUACCAAGCUGGAGAAAAUUGGAAAGGGCUCUUUCGGUGAGGUGUUCAAAGGCAUUGACAAUCGGACUCAGAAAGUGGUUGCCAUAAAGAUCAUUGAUCUGGAAGAAGCUGAAGAUGAGAUAGAGGACAUUCAACAAGAGAUCACAGUGCUGAGUCAGUGCGACAGCCCAUACGUAACCAAAUACUAUGGAUCCUAUCUGAAGCUUUACUCUGCGGAGCAACUGGCCAAAACAGCUUUAUUCAUAACAAAAGCAACACAUAUACAGAAGGACACCCCACACCACCAUAGUUCUGGAGGCUGGACAUUGAGGACCAUGGCUCGGCAGGACACUAAAUUAUGGAUAAUAAUGGAAUAUCUUGGUGGAGGCUCUGCCCUGGAUCUAUUAGAACCUGGCCCUUUAGAUGAAAUUCAGAUUGCUACCAUAUUACGAGAAAUUCUGAAAGGACUUGAUUAUCUACACUCAGAGAAGAAAAUCCACAGAGAUAUUAAAGCGGCCAAUGUCCUGCUCUCUGAACAUGGAGAGGUGAAGCUGGCUGACUUUGGAGUAGCUGGCCAGCUGACCGAUACUCAGAUAAAAAGGAACACCUUCGUGGGCACUCCCUUCUGGAUGGCGCCCGAGGUCAUUAAGCAGUCAGCCUAUGACUCAAAGGCAGACAUCUGGUCCCUCGGUAUCACAGCAAUAGAACUGGCCAAAGGAGAGCCCCCGCACUCUGAGCUGCACCCUAUGAAGGUGUUAUUCCUCAUCCCAAAGAACAACCCUCCCACACUGGAAGGAAACUACAGCAAACCCCUCAAGGAGUUUGUGGAGGCCUGUUUGAAUAAGGAGCCGAGCUUUAGACCCACUGCUAAGGAGCUGUUGAAGCACAAGUUUAUAAUCCGCAAUGCGAAGAAGACGUCCUACUUGACGGAGCUCAUUGACCGGUACAAGAGGUGGAAGGCCGAGCAGAGCCAUGACGACUCCAGCUCAGAGGACUCGGAUGUGGAAACAGAUGGCCAGGCGUCUGGAGGCAGCGACUCUGGGGACUGGAUCUUCACAAUCCGGGAGAAAGAUCCCAAGAAUCUGGAGAAUGGAACUCUUCAGCCAUCAGAUUUGGAAAGAAAUAAGGUGAAGGACAUCCCAAAGAGGCCCUUCUCUCAGUGUUUAUCCACCAUUAUUUCCCCUCUGUUUGCGGAGCUGAAAGAAAAGAGCCAGGCAUGCGGAGGAAACUUGGGGUCAAUAGAAGAGCUUCGGGGAGCCAUCUACUUGGCGGAAGAGGCCUGCCCUGGGAUCUCUGACACCAUGGUGGCUCAGCUUGUGCAGCGGCUGCAGAGAUACUCCUUGAGUGGCGGAGGAACAUCAGCUCACUGAAAUGCCUUUUGCAUUUGGGUUUGCCCUUUCCUUUCUUCUUCAUCUUCCUUCUUUUUAAAAGUCAGUAAGAGCCUUUGCUGACUCUGCGAAGAGGUGUCAUGGAGGCCCACCCUCCUGUAGCCGCCAGCACCUGCCCAAGGGACACAGUCCUCACCGUGCCACACCAGGUGGAGUCCUUCCGAUGGGGUGGGGGGCUACUCCUUCAAGCAAUUAUUUUAUUUUUUUAUUGUUUUUAAUUUUAAUCAUAGUGCACAUAUUCAAAGAAAGUAUCUUUAACAAACCCUGAAAUGUAUAUUUGGGUUUUGACAAGGCGGUUGAAGACUUGCGACCUCAGGUACCUGCUUUAUGUUGCUUGCGCCUCCCCCGGGAGACGAGUUGCUCUGGUGGAUCAGUGUACAGAUUUGUAUAUAGCGUCAUUUUUACGGAAACUCUUUUGGCGUGCAUAAGGAAUCACUGUGUACACAUUGGCCAAGUGCUUCUGUAGAUAAUGUCUGUGGAGUAAAUAUUUGACAGGCCAGAACUUGAGUCUAUUGCCUUGCCUUUAUUACAUGUAAAUUUUGAAUUUUGUGACCAGUGAUUUGGAUUUUAUUUUGUAUUUACAGGGUCUGUCAUUAAUAAUAAUUACCCUCCCCCCAUGGAACACUCCUGAUUGUACCUCAACAGAUACAAACUUCCCCCUGGGUUUCCCUAUGCCCCCUUUGGUACACUUGGAAGUUUUUCUUUCUCAUCGACGGUACUGUUUCUUAGUGCUGCAGUUGGAACACAUCUUGUCUCACAGAGCUUUAAGUUAUUCUGAGUUUCUCCCGGAUCUUUGUUGAGUUGUGCACUGUGUCUGCACCGGAUGUGCCGUCCUGUCCCUCCCUUCCGUGGAGCCUUGUCGUAGAGUCUGCUUAUCGUCUAUCCCGCCUGGAAGUGUCUGAAUGCUCACACAAAUAAAUUUUAUAACUCA